UUUGAACUUUGAUAACCCCAAAUGCCCUGGAAGUGAAAACCCAUAAACCCCUCACAGUUUGCCUAAACCCUCCUCCUUCACCUUCAAACCUCCUCCACCAUGAGGCCACCGCGCAAAACCACGGCACCAGCCUCCACAGAACACAAAAACCAAGACCACCACCACAACCACGAACACGACACGGAAACAACCUUCACACCCACCACCGACAUCUGCCAACAACUCCUCGACCGUUACAACAAGUCCUCAGCCCCUCAACACCGCCACCUCAUCGCCACCGCCGCCGCCACCCGCUCCCUCCUCCUCUCCUCCUCCCUCCCCCUAACCCCCCUCUCCUACUUUGCCGCCUCCGUCGCCACCCUCGCCGACUCUGACCUAACCCUAGACGCCGACGCGCUCUCCGCUCUCACGGCCUUCCUCGCCAUCGCUCUCCCGCUCGUGCCGGAGAAUGCGAUCGUGCCGUCCAAGGCGGCUGAGGCGGUGGUGGUCCUCGUGGGGGUGGCGGAGGGGAGGAGCGACACAGUGUCGAACGCGAGUGCUAGGGCUGUGGUCAAGUGUUUGGGCGUUUUGUUAGGGUUUUGCAAUUUGGAGGAGUGGAAUUUGGUUAAAUUAGGGUUUGAGACUCUUCUUAAGUUCUCGAUUGAUAGGCGUCCAAAGGUUCGGAAAUGCGCUCAAGAUUGUGUUGUUCAGGUCUUCAAGUCUCUAAAAUCACAUGCUGUCACAAGCGAGGCCAGUAAAUUGGUACUCUCUUUGUUCAAAGGCUGUAUGCCAUUUGCAGUUGAGAUAAGUGCUUCCGGAGACACGGAUUCAUCCAAAGAUGAGAUAUUGUCGAAACCGGAGCACCUAGAUGUUGUUCACAUGCUUACUCUACUGAAACAUAUUCUUCCAUAUCUCUCUGUCAAAGUCAGUUUGAAAAUAACUUCUCAACUGCACAAAGUCAUGAAUUCCCACUUCUCAGCAUUGACAAGGCACAUUUUUGGUGUUAUUAAAGCCGUUUUUGAAACUUCAAAAGGUGAAGUAGUAAUCCUAGUGGCAGAGAACAUUAUGAAAUCCCUCAAAUCUUAUAUAUCCUUGGGGGAAAGGAACCCCACUGACACUGUUUUGUAUGCGGCAACCUUGUUAAGAAGUGCGCUCGACAAACUUCAAGCUGGGGAAGCAAGCAAAUGGAUCCACAAUCUUCCCUUGAUAUUUGGCUCCAUAGCAGGUCUUUUGACUUCUGAGGCUGAUACUGCUGCGCAGGCUUCAGAUAUUUUGAAAGAGUUGAUUAACUCCCAUAUCAGUGGAAACUUAUUGACAAUUGAUAACAAGUCAGUUGAUGAUGAAGUUUUGUGUACCAUGGCAGCAAAUGCAAUAAAAUCCGUAUGUGUUAUCUUUGAAAAUGAGCUCAGCAGCUGUGGUGGAAUUCCAAAUGAGCAUAUUUUGUCGGUGAUGUCUGUUUUGUUCCACAAACUUGGUGAGAUCUCAUACUUGUAUAUGAAGGAUACGAUACUGAAACUUGGUGACAUGAUGAAACUUGCUUGUCAGAGUAAGUUUGACACCAAACAUCUUCAGGAAUGUAUUGGAUCUGCUGUUAUUGCCAUAGGGCCAGAGAAGAUACUUACCCUUGUACCUAUCAACCCUAACGCCGAAGAUCUCACUUGUUCAAAUGUGUGGUUGAUGCCUCUCUUGAGGGAUUACGUAGUUGGAUCAUCCUUACAGUUCUUUAUAGAGCAUAUUGUGCCACUUGCUGAAUCCUUCCAGCAGGUUUCUGCUAAAGCUAAAAAGUCGGCAAGUAGAAAAGAUCUGCAGGCAUAUGCAUGUGGCUGUUGGGGACUCUUACCUGCCUUCUGUCGCCAUCCAACUGAUACAUACCAAAAUUUUGGAUCUCUAGUGAAGCUUUUAAUUCCUUUCAUCACGAAGGACUCAUAUAUGCUCCAAAAUAUAGCCAUUGCUUUGCAGGAACUUGUGAAUCAAAAUAGAAGUGUUCUUGGAUCCAGUGUGAGUGCCGGAGAGUUUGCAGCGCCUCCAAAGACGUCUGAAAUCGAGUUUGGAAGUAAAUCUUAUUCAAAGAAAAAAGCAAGCAGAAACAUCAAGGUUUUGGCGUCAUGCUCUGAGGAGUUGCUUCAGGCUUUGGUUGAUGUCUUUUUUGGGUCAACCCCAGAGCAACGUGCAUAUUUGAAGGAUACCAUCACAUGCCUAGCAUCUAUCACUGAUUCUUCGGUGACGAAAAGGAUUUUCAUAUCCUUACUGGAAAAAUAUCAGCUAAUAAAUGAUUUAGAUGAAUCUGGAAAGCAAGUGAGUCGUACAGAUGAUUUGCGUGUUCAACAGCAGGGCAACUUUACUUAUAGUGAAAAAGAAGCAAAGAGGGGCCUAACAGUGGAACUAGCAUCUUCUCUUGUUGAAGGAGCUAGUGAGGAUCUCAUAACUUCAAUUCUGAGCUUAAUUAAACACACUUUGCAGGAAAGUAAUGAGGACUGUCAGAGUGAAGCUUACAACACCUUGAGCAGGAUGUUAGAGGAGCAUUCUUGGUUUCGUUCAUCACAUGUCAAUGAGCUGAUGGAUUUUCUACUUGGCUUGAAGCCUCCCGUUAACAUCGCAACACUUAGAAGUCGUUUUGCUUGCUUCCGGAUAUUGUUGGUUGACACACUACAGGGAGGUUUGGACGAGGAAAACUCAAAUGCUUUUCUUGUUCUCAACGAGGUUAUAAUCACAAUAAAAGAUUCCACUGAAGAAGCUAGAAAAGCAGCAUAUGAUAUGCUUAUUGGCAUAAAUUCUGCCUUGCAAGAAUUGCCCUUUGCUACUUCUGAUGGGCCUUACCAAAAGCUUGUUAGCAUGAUAAUGGGAUAUCUCUCUGGUUCCUCUCCUCACAUAAAGAGUGGAGCUGUUUCAGCCCUAUCUGUAGUGGUACAUAACAACGCAGAAAUCUGUCUUUUGGUACCUGAUCUGGUCCCAUCUGUUCUAGCUUUGCUGCAAACCAAAGCUGUCGAAGUAAUUAAAGCUGUUUUGGGAUUCGUAAAAGUACUUGUAUUGUGCCAUCAGGCAAAAGACCUACAGAAUAUUCUGCCUGAUAUUGUCAAUGAAGUUGUCCGAUGGUCAUCUGUCUCCCGGCAUCACUUUAGAGCUAAGGUCACUGUCAUUCUGGAGAUCCUCAUGCGUAGGUGUGGUUCAGCCCAAGUUAAGUUAGUUACACCAGAAAAACAUCUGAAUUUUGUCAAAGGCAUUUUGGAGAAUCGACAUGGCAAAGCAAGUUCGAAGGAAAGUAGCGCUACUGAUAUGGAACCGGAGGUUUUGGAGUCAUCUCCCAGGAGGAUGCAACGGAAGAGGAAACGCGAGGAACCUAGUAUUCCAUCUGAGGAAGAUGGUAAAGUGGAGUCUAGAUUUAGGAAGCGCGGGAUGAAGCUUGUGAAAAAGGCUGGCAGUCAUACUGCUGAUCGACGAACUGAAGGUCAAUCACGUGGAAAUGCAAGAAACAAGAGGAAUUUUAAUGGGGACCCCACAGCUAGCCGAAAGACGCAAAUAAACCACACGAAAGGAAGAAAAAAAUUUCGAGAGGCUAGUCAUAGACCUGGGGCUGCCUCCAAAUUGGCCAAGAACAGGAAAGUGGCAAGGAAACAGAAGCGUGCCUAAAUUAUGGCCUAUGGAAGAUUCCAUAAAUCACUCUUCCAAUCGGCGGGUGAGUUUGAAAAAGGAAACAGAAGGGAGAGCCCAAAUUAUAGCCUAUGGAAGAGUUCCAUAAAAUCACUCUUCCAAUCGGCAGGUGAGUUUGAAAAGAUACAGAAGAUCUCAUAACAAGUCAGCUGUUGAUAAAUAUUCAGAAUGUGGAGUUGGCACAUGGUUUAGGUCCAUUACUUGCCCGGUGCAAAAUUUUGCUUUGUUGAAACGACGUAAUUUGGAUAUUUUUGGGAUUAUUCAUUGUUCAGUGGAGCAAAAUCCCUCAGUUUUGGUUAAGCUUUCUGGUUGGGUAAUUGGUGGCAUGCACUACCAGAAGGCGAAACACUGUAUACUAGUCUAUUUAUAGAUUUUCCAAUUUGAUUCCAGCAUUUUGUUUA